AUGAAAGAAAUCAUGCCCCAAUCACAUCGAUUCAUUGUCUUUCAAACGUCGCCGCCCUUAGAACUGGCUUCUCCUGAGAUGGACGAGGGAGAUUGUCAGAGCAUAUCGGAAGAGAGACUCCAAGCUCUCGACAAUCGGGGCAGCGAGGUUGACAAGAGCUCUGAGGGCAAAGCAACGACCAAAGGCUGGAAUUUGUUUUCCUUCUUCUUUGACGACUCGGCGGCUCCUGCCCUCACAGAUUGUUCCUCCAGGUCUUCAUCGCAAGACCUUGACCUAUCCGUAGUUGAGGGAUUUGAAUAUUUCAAGGACCCUCAAGCUUCACCCGAUAAGCGAUACCUCAAGAGAGUAGAGAAAGACGAAGAUGGACCGAAAACGCCCGUUUCCUACCUUCCGAGCGUGUUGCGGAGACCGUCCCCUCGUUCGGUUUCCUUCUCGGGAGUUGAAACUGUCUUCGAGCUGGACGAUACGGCCAAAAAUCAAGUUCAAGAAAAAGACAAUGGUCUAGUAUACCCCAAAACCCCUGUCAAUGAAUGGUAUGCUAAAGGAUCAUCAGCCAAAGGGCACCUGCCUCCAGGACGACACGCACUUCCACCAUUGGCAACUACCGGUACCUACCGAAGGCCACACCUGCAGCCUAGAAGAUCUGCGCUGAAGAAGCCAGAACAAGGCUUUGCGGGAAGAGAAAUUCAGAUACCGGUAUCUCCAAAGAUCACUUGGUACGCUGCAUGA